AUGUCUGGCCGACAGGUCCUAUGGCAUGCCACAGUGCUUUUGCCCUGGACGUGGCUGCUGCAAUCGUCCUGGCCCGUCUUUUCCUUGCUACGACAUGUCAAGUCGGAAUGGCCCAACAAGGGCAACUGGACCUGUGGCUCCACAAAUGCGCUGCAGCAGGGUUUGGAGCAGGUGGAGCAGCUCAUGUCCUCGGGCGAUGGCUUCGUAGUGCCCGGUUUCACUGAGGACUAUGAAUGCGGCUGGGUAGAGGGCUUGACACGGAGGCUGCUGGUGGCCCGAGAGAUCUACAAACAAAACUCCUUCGCCUAUCGGAUGUGGAACCCCAGACGGCGUUCUUUCGACUUGCUGCCUCAGGUCGAAGGCUUCGUCACAGUCUUGGAAGGACUCCGAGUGGACGCGAUGAAGAUCACCUUCAAAGGAGGGGCGCUGCCCAAGUUGCUGGGAAGCCGGUGGGACUUUUGUGAUGUGCUGGCAUCUUUAGAGAACCUCUUCCUCUUCCGUAGUUUGGGCCUCCAGGAGCAAGUCUUGCCGCCAGCGCCCGUCAUUGUUGAGGGAGGCGCCAACGAUGGAAUCCACGUGGCGCAAUUUAUGGAUCACUGGCCUGAGGCCAAGGUGUUGGCAUUUGAAGCGGACAAGACCUGCUUCGCCCAUUUGGUGCGGAACUUGGGCCCACGGAUCAAGCAGAGAAGUCACAGGUCGCGGCUCUACGGUGUGGCGCUGGCCGGGCAGAUGGGCGUCCGCGAAAUGUUCCUGCGAGAUGGGAACCACACAUCAGCGGUGAAUAUGCUCUUCGAACCCACGGAUCAGUAUGGGGAGCACUAUUCUCAUGUGAAAUGGAGGGAGGAGACCCAGUUUGUUGUUUCUGUGACGCUGGAUUCCCUGCAGAAUGAUGGCGUUGACAGGGUAGACUUCCUCGAGCUGGAUAUCCAAUGCGCUGAGUUCGAGGUGCUGAACUCUUCCACUGAAAUCCUCCCCACCGUCACCAUGGUGGUGCUGGAGUCCUGUUUGCCACCGGGGAUGUGCAAAGAUGCUCCCAAGUGGCCGGAGCUCCAUGCGAUGCUCCGAAAGAAGGGUUUCGAGCUGCUGGUGGCGGCCAACGAUCCCCUGGAAGAACCGGACAUGUGCUUCGAUGCCGUUUAUGUGAACCUGGCCCUGGAACCCACCGCCGCUCUGGCGGCGCUGGACGUGGCCUUGGAGUUGGAUGGUGAUUGAAAA